AUGGAUGCUAAUAUUGAGAUGUUCAGAAACGAUACUGAAGGCGAUGAUAAUACUAGCUCCAAGGAUUUAGAGGAUAUGAAGAAGAGACUGAAGGAGAUAGAAGAAGAAGCAGGAGCACUUAGAGAAAUGCAGGCUAAAGUCAAAAAAGAGAUGGGCUCUGUUCAAGGUGCUCUCUUUUUUCUUGUUCAAGGCUUGUUUGAUACUUCUGUUGACUCUGAAUUUGUUGGAAAGGAGAUCGUAAGUUGCAUAAAUUUGGCCACGGAUGGUAUUGAUGUAGUUCUACUAGUCUUCUCAGUUAGCAGCCGCUUUUCAAAAGAAGAAGAAGCUGCAAUAAGUAGCUUGUUGGCAUUGUUUGGAACAAACAUUUUAGACUACAUUAUACUAGUUUUCGCUGGGGGUGAUUUACUUGAUCGAGAUAACAAAACUUUGGAAGGUUACUUGUAUGAUUGUCCUCAAUCAUUAAAGGAACUUCUUUGCCUAUGUGGAAUUCGUUGUAUCCUUUUCGAUAACAGGACUAAUGAUCAGAGUAAAAGAGCUAAUCAAGUAGAUAGACUUGUUUCUCUUGUAAACAUGGUUUCGAAAGAGAAGAAUGGACAAUCAUAUACCAAUGAGAUUUUCAUUGAGCUAAAGGUUGAGUUGAAGAUCAAGGAGACAACCUUAAGGUUUAAGCAACUACUUGAGGAAGAACGGGCUGCACGGAUAAAAGCUGAAGAGAGUGUCAUUCUUGUGCAGUUUGUUUCACAUCUAAAUAACGUUAUUUAG